UAUCACCGCUUGAAGAAAUCACACACACCUUUUACGUGUCACUUCCAUGCAAUAUUUUGACGACCACCUCCUCCUUUCUAAACUUAACCCCAAUACCACCAUAUCAUCAACGUUCGUCACAUCCGGUGGUAUCAUACUACACACAGUAGCCAUUAUGGAUUUGGUUAAUGGUUUAUUGAAUCUUGUAGCACCACCUUUCACCCUCUUCACCAUCUUCUUCUUCCUCCCUCCAUGGAUCUUCUUCAAGUUUUUCCUUCGCAUUUUUCGCACCGUCUUUACCGAAGAUGUCUCCGGCAAAGUCGUCCUUAUCACCGGCGCGUCCUCUGGCAUUGGAGAGCAUCUCGCGUAUGAAUAUGCUAGUAGAGGAGCAUGCUUGGCUCUCUCUGCUCGUAGAGAGGAUCGACUACGACAAGUUGCUGGUCGGUGCAUGCAAAUCGGAUCACCUGAUGUUAUAGUCAUCCGAGCUGAUGUCUCCAACGCUCAUGACUGUAAACGCAUGGUUGAUCAAACCGUUCAUCACUUUCAUCGGUGGGUGGGUGGGUGGGUGGGUGGGUGGGUGGGUGGGUGGGUGGUUGGUUGGUUGGUGGGGUGGGUUGGGUUGGGUUGGGUUGGGUUGGGUGGUUGGUUGGAUAUAAACUUUUGGGGUUCAGUUUACACUACAAAAUUUGCAGCUCCACACCUCCGAAACUGUGGAGGUAGAAUCGUCGUGCUUUCGUCUGUGGCUUCGUGUGUUCCUCCACCAAGGAUGAGUAUCUACAGUGCGAGCAAAGCAGCCCUGUCACAGUUUUAUGAAACGAUGCGAGUUGAAUUCGGGUCGGAUGUCAAAAUAACCAUCGUAACGCCUGGAUUCAUAGAAUCUGAAAUGACCCAAGGCAAAUUCCUUUCACACGAAGGCAAGAUGGUAGUCGAUCGCGUUGCUCGAGAUAUGCUAGUAAACUUGUCUCCGGUGGGGAAGGUAGAAGAAACUGCAACGGCGAUAGUGAAACAAGUACUCAGAGGAGAACGGUAUGUGACGGAACCCGCGUGGAUGAAGAUGACUUAUGUGUGGCAGGUUUUGUGGCCUGAAGCGGUGGAGUGGGUGAACCGGUUGAUGUGCAUGACGACAGUUGGUGGUGAGUCUCGCCAUGAUACUUUUGGGAAGAGGAUUCUGGACGUGGUCGGAGGUCGGAGCAUUCUGUACCCAACGAGCAUUCGGUCGCCUGAGAUGCAGCCGAUUAAAUCAAACUAGCGUAUGUCUUAACUCUAUGUUUUUGUUGAUAAGUUGGGAGUCAGUUGUUACAUAGCCCUUUUGUGUUGUGUUAGUGUUGUGAUUAUGUGUAUAAAUUAAAAAAAAAUGUGUUGGAUUUCAAUUCACCUAUGACGUUUAAUGA